AUGGAGGAGCUUUCUGCAAUGUUACUGUUAUUAGAAAAUGUGUGUCUAUUGCCAAAUGGGGUUGAUGCAAGAAAGUGGAGGCUAGAAACUUCAGGGGAGCAGGAUUCCCUAUCUUUCCAACCUUUUGGGCAGAUCUGGAAAGCAAGGGUUCCACCUAAAGUAAAAGUCUUGGCAUGGACUAGCUCACAGGAGGGUUAA